AUUCGGCUUAUCUUUCAAACCAUUCGGACUUGAAGUUUUGUUUUGGUUGUUUUUUGUUGUUUUUUUUUAUUAUUAUUAUUUUAGAAUAUGGAGGGUUCCGUAUCAAACGUAGAGGUCUGUAAUUUAGCCUAUACGGGGCAGUUCGAGAAGUUAAAGCAGUGCAUUCUCUCAGAUAAAACGCUCGCCUGCAAAGUGGACCAGGACCGGAGAACCGCUCUGCACUGGGCCUGUUCAGCCGGACACACUGACAUUGUGCAGUUUCUCCUCGACCUGGGUGUGGAGGUGAAUCUGCAGGAUGAUGCUUCAUGGACCCCUCUGCACAUCGCAGCUUCUGCCGGCAGAGAAGACAUCGUGAGAUCCCUGAUAUCUAAAGGAGCCCAGCUCAAUUCUGUCAACCAAAAUGGAUGCACACCACUGCACUAUGCCGCCUCUAAAGAUAGAUAUGAGAUCGCCUUGCUGCUGCUCGAAAACGGAGCGGAUCCCAACGCCACCGAUAAGUUGGAGUCGACUCCACUUCACAGAGCUUCUGCUAAGGGCAACUACCGCCUCAUCCAGCUGCUUCUCAAACAGAGUGCCUCCACCAACAUCCAGGACUCGCAGGGCAACACGCCGCUACACCUUGCAUGCGAUGAGGAGCGAGUGGAGGCGGCCAAGCUGCUGGUGGAACAUGGUGCCAGCAUUUAUAUUGAGAACAAGGAGGAGAAGACCCCUCUUCAGAUAGCUAAGGGCAGCCUUGGCAACUUACUUCGCCGGAUCGUGGAGGGAUGAUGCUUGAACUGACUUGUCAAGGGCGCCCUAGCUCAAACCUCUUCCAUUGCCAAAUUCUGAACCUUGUCCUCCCAGUCAGUCCUGCUGAGGAGGGCUGGUGUGACGCUUUCAAAAAGAGAGAAUGGUCGAAGAUGAAGGUGAAGGAAAGAGAACAAUUUGCUUGUACUACACUUAAAAGCUUCACUAAUGGGGUUUCUAAACUAUAAAGACCAACAACACACUGACUCAUGCACUGAAUGCAGUGUUUACAACAUCACAGGCUAUUUUCUGUUAAGUUUGAAUUGCAAAUGUGAUUGAAUUAAUCUGUUCAGCCUGUUAAUGACGAAUAUUUGGAAUAAACUUGUACAUGAGCAACCCUGGCAAGCUUGAACGACUGCCUUCCAUCGUUAUUCAUCAAUAGUUGGGAAUAAAUAAUUUGACACACGUUAGAUGAGUGAUUGCUCUCUGCUGACUGGUAUAUUUGUGGGCCAGUGUAUUGAGCACUGCGUAAUAGGAAUAAAUUGGAAAGUAAUGUGCCUAAAUAGAGAACUACGUGGGAAUGACAUGGAGUCUAAAUUUGAGGAAGUGUAAAAUGAAAAAACAACAUAUUUUCUGUUUCCUUGCUGAGCAGCUAUUAAGAAUCAGAGCUCUGAAAACUGAAAUUCCCGUCCUAGUUCCUCAUUGACAAAAAUGGUGCGGCUUUUUUGGAAAUUGUAAUUGGUGGAUUCCCUUGUGAGCAGGAUGCAGUUUACAGUUUCUGGUCGGGCAAAGGGUGUUGGCACAGUCAUGUUUUCUGUCAGCUAAUUUAAUUUGUGUAAAUGUGUAUUAAUAUGGCUUGGAUACUGGUCACCUGGUGAGAUUUUGAAAAGUCGCAAAUUGAAAUGUAACAAUGCCUUGGGCCUAUGUGUGUCAGUGUAUGAGGAUGUGUGUUUGGCAGAAGGUGAAUAAAGCC